AUGGCACUUAAGACAGUGGUGUCCACGCUGGUGGCGUCUUCGGACGCUGACCUUGAAACCUAUUUCAUAAGUAAUCAAAUAUCGCCACUUGUCCAUUUGAUUAAUAACUAUUUGUCACGUGGUAUAGCACUACAGACGCGCGUAGACUGCGAUAACAACAACGAGAGCCACGAGGCAGUAGCAGGAACGCUUUUAGUCGACUCUGGUGCCGUGUUUUCGCUCUUUCUCCGUCUAGUAGACGCCCAACCACAGCUGCUACAGCGAGCAAUGGACUGCGGGUUGCUGCACGUAACAAGACUGUUUUACAUUCAGCAACUGCACGACCUCUAUGUGAAAGUAGUGCAGGCUAAACGGGACCAAGUGGUGGAUUUGAUUCGAAGCAUGUACGAGUUUAGUCUGUCUUUGGGUGGAAUGACGACGGCUACUAAAAUUAUUGCCGACCUUGCAUCAGCAUGUAUCAACUUCUCACGACGAGACUCGUCUAGUGGAGAGAAGCUGCUGGCUGGUCUGCAUGCUUUGAGUAAUGGCUGUUUGGACGACGAUGCCGAGCACGGGUCGUUCCUAAGUGACUUGUGGUAUUUUUGCGAGUACAAGGAAUAG